GUUUAUCUUAUUCAAUAUUCGGCAGCCAUUUUGAUCAAACGCAUUCUGUGUGAUGUCACAGACGUGAAGUCAUAACAGAACAUGACACAACAUUCCGUGUUCUGUUCAUCAAACCCUCAGAACACGGGACAAACUGUCAGAUACUGAAUCGUUGGAUCGACAUUCGCUCGUUGCAUCGACGUUAUCGUGUUAAAAACUUGUUUAAACGCCGUCAUGAACAAAGACUCUGCAAAAUCUUGUCAAUCUCCAGCUGUUAGGAGAAGAAAGAUUAAUAGCAGCCAGACACAACAAAGUCCACAGGCUGCAAAGGAUGGCAGGACCAGGGCCAGGAAAGGAAAGGCCAGUCCUGACAAGGAGACCCCCAAAAAGAGGAAAAGGGUCUCUAAAGCCAAGCCUUGUGACACCUCAGAAGAAGGUGUUGGUGUGAAAAGAGAGAGCAGCAGCAGCCUAUUAGAGGGGUGCAGUACAUCUCUGGCCCCGAGAGGCGUUAAGAGGGGAGCCACUGCUGAUGGAGAAGGACCAACCAGGGAGAAGAAGGGGAGUGUUGACUUGAAAGAGACCAAAGAAGAGAUCAAGGAGGACUUCACCUCCUCAGUAGAGGCCCGCAGAGCAAAAUUUGAGGCCAAAUAUGAACAGGGGAACCAGCUCGGUGAAGGAGGCUGUGGAUCUGUGUUUGCCGGCUACCGCAAAGCAGAUAAUUUACCAGUAGCCAUUAAACACGUCCCAAAUGAUAAAGUGUUCUGUAAACAAGUGGAUAAGAAUGGGAACCAGCUCUCUGUGGAGGUCGCCGUGAUGUUAAAACUCGGAAUGACUGAAUCAGCUGUGUCCCUGCUGGACUGGUACGAUCUGGACGAGGAGCUCAUAUUGGUCCUGGAGAGACCAGUCCCCUCUGUAGACCUCUUCACAUACAAUGAGAUCAACGGAGGAUGCCUGGAAGAGGAGGAGGCCAAGAUCAUAUUGAAACAGCUGCUGGACGCUACAGUAGAACUUCAGGAUAAAAACAUCUUUCACCGAGACAUCAAGACGGAAAACAUCCUGAUCGAGACUGGCACUGAUGUCCCACGUGUCCGUCUCAUUGACUUUGGCUUGAGCUGCUUUGUUAAGAGAGGAUCGUUGUACCGCAUCUUUUACGGUACCUCAUGUCACAUCCCCCCGGAGUGGUACAGUUGUUGUGCCUACCGUGCCGGCCCCACAACAGUUUGGCAGCUGGGAGUAGUCCUGUAUGAAAUUCUGCACAGUAAAUCAUCAUUUGAGACCAGAGAGUUCCUGGGCAACAAGCUAAAAAUCAGCAACAAGCUGUCCAAUGAAUGCCAGGAUUUCUUGCAGAGUUGUCUGACCAAAGUUCCCGAGCGGCGACCCACACUUGAGCAACUACAGCACCACCCAUGGCUCAGAUAAACCGACACUACACACACACCUACAAACAUUUAAAAUCAUCAGUCAUCAUCAAUCAAGAUUUAUUUUCACUUACGGCCCCUCAUUACAUGAAUAGCACUAGCACUGUUUUCUCUUUGACAGGAAGGCGGAUGUGGACGAGUGCGGCUGGACCGUUUUUAAUUGGAAUCAUCUAAUUCGGCUCAUUAUUUUGGACAUUUUACAUUAAUACUUUUACUUUUUUCCCACUUGUAGUUCCUGUAGCACCCCCAGUCAUCCGAGGAGAGGGGAUCUCUCUUUGAAUUGCCUUUCCCGAGGUUUCUUCCCAUUUUCCCUCUGGCCUCAGGAUUUUGGGGAGUUUUUCCUCGUCUUCUUAGAGAGCUUGGGCUGGGUCAGGAGCUGCUGCUGAUGAGCAAUUAGGAGCCAAUGAGCCAUUAUGUCAUAAUAAUGACAAACAUAAUCAUAAAAACAACAAUAACAAUAAUAAUGUCCACAAUAAGU